AUGGACUUACUGGGCCCCAUGGAGAUGACGGAGGGUUCCCUCUGCUCCUUCACAGCCGCCGAUGACUUCUACGAUGACCCGUGCUUCAACACUUCGGACAUGCACUUCUUUGAGGACCUGGACCCCCGGCUGGUGCACGUCGGCGGUCUGCUGAAGCCCGAGGAGCACCCGCACCACCACGGGCACCACCACGGGCACGAGGAGGAGCACGUCCGGGCGCCCAGCGGGCACCACCAGGCCGGCCGCUGCCUGCUGUGGGCCUGCAAGGCGUGCAAGAGGAAGACCACCAACGCCGACCGCCGUAAGGCCGCCACCAUGAGGGAGCGCCGGCGGCUCAGCAAGGUCAACGAGGCCUUCGAGACCCUCAAGCGCUGCACCUCCACCAACCCCAACCAGCGCCUGCCCAAGGUGGAGAUCCUGCGCAAUGCCAUCCGCUACAUCGAGAGCCUGCAGGCCCUGCUGCGGGAGCAGGAGGACGCUUAUUACCCGGUGCUGGAGCAUUACAGUGGGGAAUCGGACGCCUCCAGCCCCCGCUCCAACUGCUCCGAUGGCAUGAUGGAGUACAGCGGGCCUCCUUGCAGCUCUCGCAGAAGGAACAGCUAUGACAGCAGCUACUACACAGAGUCCCCAAAUGAUCCAAAGCAUGGGAAGAGUUCUGUUGUUUCCAGUCUCGAUUGCCUCUCAAGCAUUGUAGAGAGGAUUUCCACAGAUAAUUCCACAUGCCCUAUACUGCCUCCAGUGGAAACUGUUGCUGAAGGGAGUCCCUGUUCCCCUCCAGAAGGAGUGAGUCUGAGUGACAGUGGAGCCCAAAUUCCUUCCCCUACCAGCUGCACCCCACUUCCCCAGGACAACAGCAGCAGCAACCCCAUCUACCAAGUGCUUUAA